AUGCCUGCUGAGACGAAUGUGGAGCAGCGGGCCGCGCUCCCUCCGGAGGAGCCCCCGGCGGUCGCCUCAGCGCCGCACGGGGAGCUUCAGUACCUGGGGCAGGUCGAGCACAUCCUGCGGUUCGGGCAUAAAAAAGAGGACCGGACCGGAACCGGGACUGUCUCUGUCUUUGGGAUGCAAGCGCGGUACAGCCUCCGAGAUUAUUUCCCACUGCUAACAACUAAAAGGGUAUUCUGGAAGGGAGUGCUUCAAGAACUGCUUUGGUUUAUCAAGGGCUCUACAAAUGCAAAAGAACUUUCUGCUAACGGUGUUAAGAUCUGGGAUGCCAAUGGUUCACGUGAAUUCUUAGAUAAACAGGGAUUCUCUUCUAGAGAGGAAGGAGACUUGGGCCCUGUUUAUGGCUUCCAGUGGAGACAUUUUGGAGCUGUAUACAAAGAUAUGAAUACAGAUUAUACAGGACAAGGAAUAGAUCAGCUGCAAAAUGUAAUUGAUACAAUCAGAAAUGAUCCAGAUAACAGAAGAAUUAUCAUGUGUGCAUGGAAUCCCAAAGAUGUCUCUGCAAUGGCCUUACCUCCAUGUCAUGCUCUCUGCCAGUUCUAUGUUUUAAAUGGGGAACUCUCUUGUCAGUUGUAUCAGCGUUCUGGAGAUAUGGGAUUGGGAGUGCCUUUUAACAUAGCCAGUUACUCCUUGCUCACUUCAAUGAUUGCCCAUGUUACAGGCUUGAAGCCUGGUGAGUUCAUACACACGUUAGGAGAUGCUCAUAUAUACCUAAACCAUAUUGAACCUUUGAAAAUACAGCUUCAGAGGCAGCCAAGACCUUUUCCCAAGCUCAAAAUUCUUCGUAAAGUUGAAAACAUAAAUGACUUCAAGGCAGAUGACUUUGAGAUAGAAGGUUAUAACCCUCAUCCAGCUAUUAAAAUGGAAAUGGCUGUCUAGUGGAUUUGUUUUGAGACUGUUACUUGCCUUAACGUUCAGUUUGUAGUAGUGCUUUUAAAUGUCAUUCAGAAGGUCAAAAAGUGUUAAUCUUUUAUGAUAAAUGACCAUGGCUUUCAUAUGGAGUUUGAAGUAUACAUUUAAAUAUGCACUAUAUUUGAUGCCAGCACUUGUGCACUGAGGAUACUUUAUUCAACUUUGUUGGUGGAAAGAUUACUCUCUAGGUUGUAUAGUUAUUUGUAUAAAACAUUGCUUAUUCUGAACUAUCCAAUAAACUGCAUAUUCUACUAUUAUA